GCGAGCCCCUGGUAUUGCUGCUACCGGGCUUGGUUGCAAAGCCAACUUGGAGGCCGGGCAAAAGCAGAAAGCAACUUCAAGGAGCAGCUCUUAUUCUACUCCUUUUCACUGAAAUGUACUAUGGAACAUGCUGAAGAACAUGAAGAACACCAUGGGUCAGACCAGAUGUAUUGUGUGGAGAGGCGAGUGUAUAACCAAGGAACGCUUCAAGAGAAGCUUCACAAGAAGGAAAAGACACCUCUGUCUGUUGGUCAGAAGAUAGCACAUUCUUGUCGUUGUUCUACCAAGAAAGCAAAAUCUGUUCUCUAUAGUUUUUUGCCAAUUGUUAAAUGGCUCCCCCGCUAUCCAGUGAAAGACUACUUGCUGGGAGACAUUAUCUCAGGCAUAAGCACUGGGGUCAUGCAGCUUCCUCAAGGGUUAGCUUAUGCAUUGCUGGCAGCUGUGCCCCCAGUAUUUGGACUGUAUUCUUCAUUUUAUCCAGUCUUUCUGUACAGUUUUUUUGGAACAUCCAGACACAUAUCAAUAGGAACUUUUGCAGUAAUCAGCCUGAUGGUUGGAGGAGUUGCUGUCAGAGAAGGUGAUAAAUUGCUUGUCGUUAUGGGCACCAACUCUACCAAUAGCACAGAUGAGAACUUUACAGCCAGAGAUGAAAUGAGGGUGCAAGUUGCCGUUGCAGUUACCUUGCUCUCGGGGAUCAUACAGUUGUGUUUAGGACUCCUUCAAUUUGGAUUUGUAGCCAUUUAUCUUACGGAGCCCCUGGUACGGGGAUUCACCACUGCUGCAGCCGUACACGUCUUUACCUCCCAGUUAAAGUAUCUGUUUGGGAUUAAGACCAAAAGAUUCAGUGGGCCCCUCUCCUUUCUGUAUAGUUUAAUUGCUGUAUUCUCAAACAUCACAAAAACCAACGUAGCAGCUUUAGUUGUUGGACUAAUUUGUAUGGUUUUGUUGCUAAGUGGUAAGGAAAUCAAUGACCGCUUUAAGAAGAAACUGCCCGUUCCUAUCCCUCUGGAAAUCAUUGUGGUGGUAAUUAGUACUGGAGUUUCCGCUGGAAUGAAUCUGUCAAAUACUUAUGGAGUGGAAGUUGUUGGUAAUAUCCCCAAAGGAUUACUUCCUCCGAAAGUACCUGAUCUCAGCAUCAUCUCAGCUGUAUUUGUGGAUGCUGUUGCAAUAGCGCUUGUUGGCUUUUCCAUGACAAUCUCAAUGGCCAAAACCUUUGCCCUGAAGCAUGGGUAUACGGUUGAUGGAAAUCAGGAACUCAUUGCAUUAGGCAUAUGUAAUUUCACAGGGUCCUUUUUCCAGACCUUUGCUGUCACUUGCUCAAUGUCUCGGAGUCUCGUUCAGGAGGGCACUGGGGGAAAGACGCAGAUUGCCGGCACUCUGGCCUCAAUCAUUGUUUUCUUGGUCAUUAUUGCUAUUGGUUACCUCUUUGAACCACUGCCCCAGGCUGUGCUUGCAGCAAUUGUAAUGGUCAAUCUGAAAGGCAUGUUCAAACAAUUUGGAGAUAUCGCUCACUUCUGGAGGACCAGCAAGAUUGAACUGGCUAUCUGGAUUGUAGCUUUUCUGGCCUCUGUUUUUCUGGGAUUAGACUACGGUUUGCUCGUUUCUAUCGCUUUUGCAAUGAUUAGCGUCGUGUACAGAACCCAAAGUCCACAGUACAGAAUCUUGGGCCAGAUUCCUGACACAGACCUUUACUAUGAUGUUGAAGAGUAUGAAGAGGUAAAAGAAUGUUCUGGAAUCAAAAUAUUCCAGGCAAAUACAUCACUCUAUUUUGCCAAUAGUGAUUUAUAUAUGAAUGCAUUGAAGAAAAAGACUGGUGUUGAUCCCUGUGCAAUAUUGGGAGCAAGGAAAAAAGCACAGAAAAGGCACGCCAAGGAAUCAAAGCACCUGCAGGAGCACAAGAAAGCUGUCUUGAAAUUGACGAAUGACACGGAGAAUAGCAUGAAACACGAAGUGAUGAAUGAUGAGCUGCCACUCAAUGGAAAAUUCUCAGCAGCAGAUGCUACAAUGCCCGACUCCUCUCCUGAGGAACGUGAACGUUUUGUGACACCGGUGACCAAUAUUCACUCAAUCAUUUUGGACUUUUCACCUGUGAACUUUGUGGAUUCCGUAGGAGUAAAGGCCCUAAAAUCGAUCAUAAAAGAAUAUGAAGAAAUUGGUGUUUCAGUAUAUAUAACUGGCUGCAACAGUUCUGUUGUGGACAACCUAGCUAGAUUGCACUUCUUUGAGAAGCCUGCUCUAAGAGACUUGCUGUUUCCCAGUGUUCAUGAUGCCGUACUCACCAGCCAACUGAAAGGCCUCUCUGCCUCACAGACACCUUUAGAUGCUGUCAUUUGUACAUCUACAUCAUAAAAUGUUUUGGAGAGACAUCGACUGAUUUUCAAGGGCUCCUCUUACCUGAUUUGCACGGAUGAUACAAGAGCUCUCAAGACUAGCCAGUCUUACGGGUAUGUGACAUAUUAACAGGGUGGUGUU